CCCCUCAGUGCCCGGUGCGCCACGCCGCCAUGGGGACAGCCGAGGAGGCCGAGGCCGUCCUGGAGUGCCUCUUCCACCCUCACGCCCCGUUCGGGGGACCCGCGGCUGGCGAGGAGGAGGAGGAGGAAGAGCCGCCCCCGCUGCCGCCGGAGGAGGGCGCCUUUGCGCCGGAGCUGCUGGCAGAAGCCCGGGGGCUGGAGGCCGAGGGGAUCGCGGCGGCCGAGGCAGGAGACACGGAGGCGGCCCUGGAGAGAUUCGGCCGAGCCAUCCGGCUGCUCCCGGCGCGGGCCUCCGCCCACAACAACCGAGCCCAGGCCCUGCGCCUCCAGGGGGACGUGGCCGGAGCCCUGGAGGCGCUGGGCGCGGCGCUGGAGCUGAGCCGGGGGUCCGGCCGGGUGGCGCGCCAGGCCUUCGUGCAGCGGGGGCUCCUCCGGCGGCUGCAGGGCCACGACGAGGCCGCCCGGGAGGACUUCGCGCAGGCCGCCCGCCUGGGGAGCCGCUUCGCCCGGCAGCAGCUGGCGCGGAUGAACCCCUACGCCGCCCUCUGCAACCACAUGCUGGCCGCCGCCAUGAAGACGCUGCGCGGGACCGGCGCGACGGGGGAGCCGCGCCCGCCGCCGCCGCAGGAGGACCGCGAGUAAAGCGCACCGACCGCCCGGGACUCUCGCCGGAUGGCCGGCCGGAUGGCCGGAUGGCUGCCCCC